AUGGAUAUUCUGCUAUGUUUUGGUGGUUUCCUUCUUCUAGCUGCCUUUGUUGUGGACGUUGUAUCCGUGGCCAGCGCAGAGUGGGUGGUUGUACCUGUUGGUUCCACAUAUGGACUGUGGGCAAAGUGUUUUAGCACUGGGUCAUGUGUUCCGGUGACCAGAACAGACGAACUAGAUGGCGUCCGAGCGGUGAUGGUAAUCAGCGUCAUCAUCUCUGGCCUGGCCUUGCUGGUUGUCCUGGUAAACAUAGCCUCCAUCUGGAUCAGUCAACGGACCAAUCGUUGGAUUGUACGACUUGUCACCGUGGUGACCUUCUUAUCAGCUAUCAUGACUCUGGUUGGCAUACUGCUGUCGCGUGAAGUCACGUGGGACGUCGGCAAUACAGAUGACGGAUACUCGUUCUGGCUGGGCGUGGCAGCGAUCGUCUUGUUCUUCAUAUCUGGCAUCUUUUUCUUUGUAUCAGCUGUUCGAUACCACCAAGCGAGGAAGCAAAGAAAGAGACUGCAGGAAAAAAGUACAAAGCAGAAAAAAUACCCUUUUGUCAUACCGUACUAUGAUUAUGAAACCAACCAGAACGAAAAUAACGGACAGCAAACAACAGAUCUUGAAAACGAGAAGAGAAGCCUCGGUCGGAUAUCUAACAUGUAUCCUUUUAAUUUUGAGCACAGGUAUUUUCCAACAUCGAUUCUGGGAAAUGCAGUCUCUAGGCUUGGCGACCCUAUCGUUGUUAAUGAGUUGAACGUCAGCCGCUACAGUUCAGGUUUACCAACGAUGCAGCUUCCAGGUCAACAAUUUCUGACUCUUGAAGGUAACAAGGUAGAUGAGACCCAGAGUUCAGUGUACAGCAAGUCUCAGCCAAGAAUGGACACAAACACCACAAUCACAUCGGGAAAUAUGAGAACCGCUGAGGUGCCACCUUCGCUGUUUGCCACUCCAAGUCUGCUGGGAAUCAGCAGUGCCUCCCCCAAGAUCCCGCGAGACAAUUAUGGUUAUCCUCUCAAUUAUAAUAGAGACAUUUAG